AUGAAUACCAGGAAGGCUCUCACCAUCCCCGGGCGCAUUACCGCCCUCUCAGCUAACUAUAACCAGGAUCAGUCCUGUUUUGCAGUCGGCCUGGAAGAUGGAUUCGCAGUCAUGAAUUCCGAUCCCUGCGAACUCCGCAUUCACAGAAGGUUUGAUGGCGGUGUCGCUAUUGCAAUCAUGCUUGGGAGAUCCAACUUUCUCGCCCUUGUAGGGGGAGGUAGAGACCCCAAGUUUCCUCCCAACAAAGUCGUCAUUUGGGAUGAUGCCAAACAAAGGGUGGUGAUUACCUUGGAAUUCAAAUCAGAUGUCCUAGGGGUCCGUUUAUCACGAUCAAGGAUUGUAGUCGUGCUCAGGAACCAUAUUUCAAUUUACACUUUCUCAUCACCACCCCAGCGACUUCAAGCUUUCGAGACUGUACACAAUGAUUUUGGCAUCGCUUGUCUCGGAAGCAAGCAUGUCGCUUUCCCAGGUCGGACGAUUGGACAAGUCAAUCUUUUCGAUCUACAAACAGGGAAUAACACCAUCGUCCCUGCACAUACAUCCGCUAUCAUGGCGUUGGCAUUGAGCCCCAAUGGUGACCUUCUGGCAACAGCUUCUGAGAAUGGGACCUUGAUCAGGAUAUUUUCGACCUCUAGUUCUGCAAUAGUAACGGAACUGCGACGUGGAAUUGACAAGGCUAUGGUAUAUUCGAUGGCCUUUUCGCCAUCGUCUAAUCGAAUAGCAGUUACUUCUGAUAAAGGAACCCUUCACAUUUUCGAUGUAUUUUCACAACCUCCUGCUGCCGCCGCCGCCUCUGCCUCUAAUCCAACAACAGAACAACAAAGACCAUCCUCCAGGAGUGCAGAAACGGCUGGCAUGGGUCCUACGGAAGCCAACAAGCGAUUUUCAUUACUUGGAAAGCUACCUUUGUUGCCGAAGUACUUUAAUUCUGAAUGGAGUUUUACUCAGGCAAAGGUCGAAGGAAUUGGAAAAAACUCUCUUGGAUGGACAGAUGAAGAUACAAUCAUCGUUACGAGUACUGAGGACUGCAAGUGGGAAAAAUUCGUUAUUUUAAAUGCACCAAAUACAGAGUCUGGAAAGGCUUGCGAGAGGGAAGCAUGGCGAAACUUCGUGGAGGGGGUUGAUAUUCCCUUCAGCCGUUAG